CUCUCGGUUUAGCAGGAAGAGCGUGUUCUCUCUCUCUAUCUCUCCGUCUGUCUGUCUUUCUCUUUCUCUCGUUCUGUUCAUCAUUAUGCCGCGAGCCGCCGACUUUCCUCAGCGCGAGACUUAACGCAGCCCUGUCCCUGCGCGCGCGCGGCUCCGGGGUUCCGCGUGCAACAAAACAAACAAACUAACAAACAAACAAAAGAAAGAGAAAGAGAGAGACACGGCGUCGCGCGCUGCGUGCACCUUCACCCCCAUAUACACACACACUAGUACCCACUUACACACACUAUAGUACACACUCAAGUACACACACACACACACACACACACACACAAGCUACCAGCCAAGCAACACCGGCGCAACCACCACCACGGAGCACCAGCAGCAGCAACUAACGACAAAACCCGGGCAACCACCCACCAGCACCGCCGCCGGCAGCAGUGCAUGCAGAUCGCGCGCGGCUCGUGCACCUCCGUCGCGAGCUCGCGCGAGUGCUGUCCCGGUGAGGGGGGGAGGAAUGGAGGAAGAGAGCGAGAACCCGGGCAAAGACUCUCGCGCCUCCCCUCCCGCGCACCCGCACGCGCACCCGAGCAAAGGGGAAAUGUCCGUGUCCAGAGGAGGUAAGAAGAAGCCGGUGCUCAAGCUCUCUAAGGAGGCGUUUGAGCAGCCCCCUCCUGCUGCUACACCCCCGAGAGACCUGGACUCCAAAGCCUGCGUUACCAUCGGAGAGAAGAAUUUUGAGGUGAAAGCAGAUGAUCUGGAGCAGAUCGGGGAGCUGGGCAGGGGGGCGUAUGGAGUGGUGGAUAAGAUGAGGCAUGUGCCCAGCGGUGUCAUCAUGGCCGUUAAGAGAAUCCGGGCGACGGUGAACACUCAGGAGCAGAAACGGCUGCUGAUGGAUCUGGAUAUUUCAAUGAGAACAGUGGACUGUUUCUACACUGUGACUUUCUACGGAGCGCUCUUCAGAGAGGGUGAUGUGUGGAUCUGUAUGGAGUUGAUGGACACGUCACUGGAUAAGUUUUAUAAGCAAGUUCAUGAGAAGGGCAAGACCAUCCCCGAGGACAUCCUGGGAAAGAUGGCUGUCUCUAUUGUGAAAGCUCUGGAGCAUCUGCACAGCAGACUGUCUGUGAUCCACCGAGAUGUGAAGCCUUCCAACGUCCUGAUCAACAUGCAGGGUCAGGUGAAGAUGUGUGAUUUUGGGAUCAGUGGGUAUCUGGUGGACUCUGUGGCUAAAACCAUGGACGCUGGCUGUAAGCCUUACAUGGCGCCGGAGAGGAUAAAUCCAGAGACCAAUCAGAAAGGCUACAAUGUGAAAUCUGAUAUCUGGAGUUUAGGAAUCACCAUGAUCGAGCUGGCGAUCCUGCGCUUCCCGUACGACUCGUGGGGAACGCCGUUCCAGCAGCUGAAGCAGGUGGUGGAGGAACCGUCACCACAGCUACCUGCAGACCGCUUCUCACCUGAGUUUGUGGACUUCACAUCAAAGUGCUUAAAGAAGAAUUCCCAAGAGCGGCCAACCUACACAGAUCUCAUGCUCCACCCCUUUUUCACCUGCCACGACUCCAAAGAGACAGACGUCGCUAGCUUUGUGAAGGGCAUCCUCGGCGAGUGAACACGCCCCCUCGCGCCGACACCGAGCCGCCGGCCGGCGGGCGGGACUAUUCCACAAAACAUAAAAAAAAAGCACCAAUCGCAAGACUGACACCUGUAAGACACACCCACCUCAGAGGCAUCAGUGCAGAGGGAGACUCGGGAGAGGCCGGGGGGGUGGAGACUGAAAACGUAACAAGGGGGGCUAGGGGCGUUACCUAGCAACACAGUGUGUGGAGUUGGGCAGGGGGCGGGGUGUGUGCCUAUAUGUGUGUGUGUGUGUUAGCGUGAGCCUGAUUGUGUGUGUGUGUGUAUGU